CCCUCGUUGGAUGGUCGAUUGCAGACGACUGUGUACGAAGGAGAGAGAGAGAGAGAGAGGGGGAGCAGCAGAGUGAAGGGUCAGAGAGGGGAGCUGUUAAAGCCAUCCAUCGGUUCCUUUCUGGAGACGCUAUCGGAUUUCGCCGCGGCUGAGAUCGGAGGAGGAGGUUGCUAGCUCUUAAGGGUCCGGGUUGCGGUCUCGGUUUUCUAGAUUCUUCUUCGUUGUCUUCGUCUUCGUUGAUUCAUCUGUGGAGUGGAUUCGAGGGUUUCCGGAGGAGGAGGGGUUCGAGGGAGGGAGCUUGGGGUCUACGGUGGUGUGGUUCUGGAUUUGGGGUUUGGGAACGUGUUGACUGGUUUUUUGUGGAGAUCGGUGGCGGAUGAGGGGACUUUGUGAGUGAUUCGUCUCACCUGGAAUGGCGUCGUCGGAGGUGUCGAUCAAAGGAAGCGGUAGCAACGGGAGGGGCGAGAGCUUCUCCUCCGCGUGCAGCGAGCCGAGUAAUGGCGGGAUCGGUAGGAAGGCGGGGCAUGAAGUGCCGAGGGGGUAUGGCGCGUUUAGCGCGGGGGAUGAAGACAUGGAAGAUGCUCUGUACAACGAGCUUUGGCACGCUUGCGCUGGCCCUCUAGUUACUGUUCCGCGGCAAGGCGAGAAGGUGUUCUACUUCCCACAGGGUCACAUCGAGCAGGUAGAGGCGUCAACUAAUCAGGUGUCGGAUCAACAGAUGCCGAUAUACAAGCUUCCGUCGAAGAUCCUAUGUACAGUUAUUAACAUUCAAUUGAAGGCGGAGCUGGACACCGAUGAGGUCUUCGCCCAGAUGACAUUGGUUCCAGAAUCAUCGCAAAAUGAGAACGAGUUGUCAGUGGAUCCGCCACAACCUCCACCUGUACGUCCUCGCGUUCAUUCUUUUUGUAAGACCUUGACAGCCUCGGAUACGAGCACCCAUGGUGGGUUCUCAGUGCUGAGAAGGCAUGCAGACGAGUGCCUCCCGCCUCUGGAUAUGUGUAGGCAACCUCCGAGUCAGGAGCUGGUGGCGAAGGAUUUGCAUGGAAAAGAGUGGAGUUUCCGGCAUAUAUUCCGAGGUCAGCCCCGGCGACAUCUGCUUCAGAGUGGCUGGAGUGUCUUUGUUAGCUCUAAGAGGCUUGUUGCUGGAGAUGCUUUUAUUUUCCUAAGAGGAGAAAAUGGUGAACUUCGUGUGGGAGUAAGGCGUGCUAUGAGACAGCAGAGCAAUGUUCCAUCUUCAGUCAUUUCAAGUCACAGCAUGCACCUUGGCGUCCUUGCUACAGCAUGGCAUGCUAUACAAACUAGCACCAUGUUUACUGUGUAUUACAAACCAAGGACUAGCCCUUCAGAAUUUAUAGUGCCAUUUGCACAAUACAUGGAGUCCAUAAAAUGCAACUAUUCUAUUGGAAUGAGAUUCAAAAUGAGAUUUGAAGGUGAAGAGGCACCUGAACAAAGGUUUACAGGUACCAUUGUUGGCAUUGGUGAUUUUGAUCCCACUAGGUGGCCUGAUUCAAAGUGGAGAUGCCUCAAGGUGAGAUGGGAUGAAACAUCUUCUGUUCCUCGCCCAGAAAGAGUUUCUCCAUGGCAAAUUGAGCCUGCAUUGGCUCCUGUUGCUCUAAAUCCACUUCCUUCGAGACCUAAGAGGCCCAGACCCAAUGUAGUACCCUCAUCUCCGGACUCUUCUGCUCUUACUAGAGAAGGCCCUGCUAAGGUUGCAGUUGACCCUGUGCAAGUCCAUGGAUUUUCAAGGGUCUUGCAAGGUCAAGAAAUAACGACCUUGCGUGGAACUUUUGCUGACAGCAGUGAAUCAGACAAUGUCCAGAAGCCAGUUGCACGGCCACUUUUGCAAGAUGAUGAUAAAAUGGAUGCUUCGUCCUUACCAAAAUUGAGUUCUGAGAAUUGGAUGUCAUUGUUCAGGCAGGAGGCCUCUUAUUCUGAUAUGUUGGGUUUCAGAACUCCAGUCGAUGAUGCACACAGGUUUGGUGUACCAUUUGCUGACCAAUCCCAUGAGGAAAAUAAUCCUUUAGCAAGGCAGUUUCAAGAACAAGGAAGUAAGUUUCAGCCACAGGGUAGCUCCUGGUCUGUAUUGCAUCCUGCUUCAUUGACGAGGGAUUCAAGCUCAAGAUUGGCAACGAGUACCAAUGAUUUGCCUUAUCAGAAAUCUGGAAAUUUCCUAUGCAAUAGGCCAAGUGGAUACUCUGUUGUACCUAAUUCAACAGCUGAGCCACAACCAGGUAACUGGUUAAUAUCUUCAUCUUCUCACCUGGAAGUUGCAUCUCAUCCAGUUGUAGGGAUGUCUCAGAGUAGUCCCUUUGCACAACCAGAGUCUGCUAAAUCUAAGGGUGAAGGAAACUGCAAGCUGUUUGGCAUACAUCUUACUAAUAGUUCUCAUCAACCUGAACCUUCCUUCUCACAUGGGAAGAUAGCAGAUGAAGGCAUGUUAGCUUUCCGCAAACCUCAAGCACUGGAGCCAGAUCAACUAUCAGAGCCUUCUAAAUGUACAAAAUCAGUAGAUACUUUAUGCAGUGACAGUGAUCAAGAGAAGGCAUGUCAGCCAUGUCAGCAGCAUUCAAGAGAUGCUCAUAGCAAACCUCUAUGCAGUUCAACCAGGAGUUGUACAAAGGUACACAAGCAAGGGAGUGCGCUUGGAAGAUCUGUAGACCUUAACAAGUUUAGUGGUUAUAAUGAGUUGAUUGCAGAGUUGGAUCGUAUGUUUGAGUUCCAAGGGGAUCUUAUGAACCCGAGCAAAGGUUGGCUCGUGGUUUACACUGAUAAUGAAGGAGACAUGAUGCUUGUGGGGGAUGAUCCAUGGCAAGAAUUCUGUAGCAUGGUCCGCAAAAUUUUCAUUUAUACCCGUGAGGAGGUUCAAAAGAUGAGCCCUGGAUCCAUUAAUGCUAAGGUUGAAGAAAGUUCUGCCGCUGAAGGUAGGACCACAGUCAGAGAUCCUAAAAGUAACGCCAUGCCUACAACAGCUGCUUCCGACAACUAGCUACUCGUCAACUGGUUGCAGGACUUUUUUGUUAUUUUUCAAUUCCGGACAUAAUCGCCGCAUCAGAGUGCUGUUUUGUUGCUGGUGCCUCUUCUCCCUAGUCUCUACUGUGUGUGUAGUGAGGAGGUGCUGUAAUAUCUCAGUUUUGCUUUAUAUACCGUAUCUCUACUUGUGCUAAGCGAGGUAAGGGCUGCCUUGCUGUCCCUCGAAACUGGUGGUUGUAUAUAGCUUCUUGCUUUUUGCCCUUAGCCCCUAUGGUAAUUCAUAAUAACCUUUCCCACGAAGUGCUUGCGCCCUUCCUGAUGUUCUGCAGUAGCGCCGGCUUUCCUGUUUUUGCCUGAUUGUGCAUGUAAAUUUGCUCGUGAAGGAAAUCAGGGGAAAGAAUUGCAAUUUCACAUGGUCUUUGUAUGUUACGGAGCAUGUUUUAUGUAUUGAAGAAAAGCGGAACUCACGAGUCAUCUUCCCAUGGGUCUAUUGCAGCUGUGUGUGGGGGAGUCCCGUAUAUUCAUUUUUCAUUUCAGAGCUUCUGUACAUUGCUUGCUCUAGAUAUAUAUAAUUUUUUACUAACAA